AUGGCGGAACUUGGAGGGCCACCCUCCCCCUCUGCAUGCAGUCUUCUUGAUUUGCGCUCCAGCGCUUCAGGAAAGGUCACUCGCGUAAAAGCGAACAGUGUAGAGGGCAGCGACGACGACAGUGCUUCGACAACGGCGCCUCAGACGCCGAGCUCCUGUGACACGUCCGACAGUCUGAUUCGUAGCCAGCGGCUCUUCGAUGUUUCCUCGCAGCAGGAGAGAGCCUCGAAGACGCCUGGACUGUCAUCGGAAGUGGCUGGGGAGAUUCGACACACAAACGCAUGCACACAGCAGACGGCUUCCUCAUGCAGGCAGAUGGUCAGGUGUGACCAAAACGAGCAGUUGCGGACGGCUGGCAUGGAGCUCCCCGACUCACAAGCGCACUCCGAACAGAGUGAGCUCCGGGAUAGUCAGUCCUGCAGCAGCACUAGCACCACUACCACCACCACGGGGGGUAGUGGCGGUAGUGGUAGUGGUGCUCCUGCUGCUGCUGCGACUACAGAUAUUAUCCAGCCUUCUGUUGCGCCUCGGGGGGGGACCUUGCAGAGUUCAGUUCGUGCAGAGCUAAUUAGCUGUCAAGACACCCUUGGGAGUCUCCCUGGAGAGGAGGGGAGAACUGAGGCAAUUCAGACACUGCCCGGAGUGCCCACACUCGACACUGGUGAAUCUUUGCAGACGCUGGUGGAAGAUUACCAUCAGCGAAGGGCAGCCUUCGAGCAGAACUGUUGCCAACGGUAUGCACAGAUAUUUGAAGCGAGAGAGGCUACGGCUCGCUCUGCGGGGGAGAGUGGAAUGCCUGGGAGGCGUGCAGCAGGCAAGGGCCAGAGCCAGCGAUCCUUCCCCUACAGACAGUUCCACGUGCACCAUUUCCUUCCCGAGCCAGAAAACAAAGUCGGACUGCUGAAGCACCCGACGCCGGCACAGUUCAACAAGUAUCCCAAAGCGCGCGGCGUUUGGUUCGACCCGCAUCGUAAUCUGGUGCGAACUUGCUGGAAGGAGAAUGGGAAGGCGAGAACUAUGGGCUUUCCCGUCAACAAGUUUGGACUGGAGGAAGCACGAACGCUAGCCGUAGAGUACCACUACUACAAGUGCCCGACGGAUCCGUUGCCAGACGAUCUGACAACACUCAUUCCCAGGAAGCCGCCGCAUGCGUACGGCUGGUGCUAA